AAAAAUGGCUUCCUAACUGUGAUGUUAUGAGGAUCGUGUCACGUAUUCUUUUGAAUUUUAGUACAGUACUUACUCCACAUGUUCUUCACACACUAUACGUAUCUCCGUCAACAAAACUUUAAUUUAUAAUGCAAAUAUGCCCCUUGAAAAGUUUCAGUGGUGUUUUCCUGCCAGACCAAACCGACUGUACAACAUCGCUAGUGGGAUUACGAUAGCCGGUGUUGGAACAUUUGCCAAGGUACUUCUUGCUUGGUUAAACAAAGUUAACUGUUACAAUAUUGAACUGUUGGAAAGUGCUGUGAGUCGAAGAAACAAGAAUCAACCAUUGGUAACAGUUAGUAAUCAUCGCUCGUGCCUUGAUGAUCCAUCUAUUUGGGGUUGCUUGCGAAUAAAAACACUAUUUACAAGAAAAUACAUGAGAUGGACACUGGCUGCCAAUGAUAUUGUAUUCACAAGAAGACUUUAUUCAAAGUUCUUCAGCCUUGGAAGAUGUGUUCCAGUUUGUCGAGGAGAUGGAGUUUACCAGCAAGGUGUUGAUUUCUGUUUACAAAAAUUAAAUAAUGGUGACUGGGUUCAUGUCUUCCCUGAAGGAAAGGUGAACAUGACUAAUGAAUACAUAAGAUUGAAAUGGGGAGUAGGCAGGUUGAUUGCAGAGUGUAAACAGGUCCCCUUAGUCAUUCCAUUUUGGCAUGUAGGAAUGGAAGACGUACUACCAAAUAAGGAGCCUUAUAUUCCCCAUAUUGGGAAAACAGUAACUCUACUAGUGGGGAAACCCAUAGAGUUUCGAGACAUGUUGACACACCUCAGGAAUGAACGGAGAAGUCCAUUGGAGAUACGAAAGAAGAUCACAGAUAUAAUCCAGGAGGAGUUUGUUCUUCUCAAAGCAAAAGCGGAAGCACUUCAUCAUAAAGCAUUACAGGAUAGACAGGGUUUUCAAUCCAAUAACAUCAAUAUCUCCAAUGAAGAGAAGGCAAAUAGAUAGUAGGAGUAUCAUCAUAAUAGAUGCAAUUGUGGUUUCCAUCUUUAUUAAUGAUUCAAUGACUUUCACAUCAACAAUGCAAUGUACAAGUUAUCAUGGUAUCAACCAUUUAAUUAAUUUUCUUCAACCUAUUUACAUUGUAUAUCUGCAUUUUUGAUAUUUAUUUAACAGUAUCCAUAUAUGGGCAAAUACUGAAAACCUGAAUGGAAAAACUACAAGUACACAUAUUUUUAGUCUGUCUGCGCCGACUUUACAUUUUAGACUUCUGAAACACCA